CACGGCUGGACUUGAAUGGAAGGAGCCCGCGCCAGCGGAGCGCAGCCGAGACUCGGGAGAGCGCGGUCGGCCGGCGGGGCGCGGCGCGGCGCGGGGGCGCAGCAGGCACCAUGGCCCGGAGCGGGGCGCUGCUGCUCCUGCUGCUGUUGCCGCUGCAGCUGCAGCUGGGACCGGGGCUCGCCGUGAGGGCCCCUGUGUUUGGCCGAAGUGGAGCCCACAGCCUGAGCCCUGAAGAGAAUGAAUUCGUGGAGGAGGAGCCGGUGCUGGUCCUGAGCCCUGAGGAGCCGGGGCGCGGCCCGCCCACCAUAGACUGCCCCCGAGACUGUGCCUGCUCCCAGGAGGGGGUCGUGGACUGCGGCGGCAUCGACCUGCGCGAGUUCCCGGGGGACCUGCCUGAGCACACCAACCACCUGUCCCUGCAGAACAACCAGCUGGAGAAGAUCUACCCCAGGGAGCUCUCCCGGCUGAAUCGGCUGGAGACUCUGAACCUCCAGAACAACCGCCUGACUUCCCGAGGGCUCCCGGAGGAGGCAUUUGAGCAUCUGAUCAACCUCAAUUACCUGUACCUGGCCAAUAACAAGCUGACCUUGGCACCCCGGUUCCUGCCAAAUGCCCUGAUCAGUGUGGACUUUGCUGCCAACUAUCUCACCAAGAUCUACGGGCUCACCUUUGGCCAGAAGCCAAACUUGAGGUCUGUGUACCUGCACAACAACAAGCUGGCGGACGCUGGGCUGCCGGACAACAUGUUCAAUGGCUCCAGCAACGUGGAGAUCCUCAUCCUGUCCAGCAACUUCCUGCGCCACGUGCCCAAGCACCUGCCACCUGCCCUCUACAAGCUGCACCUCAAGAACAACAGGCUGGAGAAGAUCCCACCAGGGGCCUUCAGUGAGCUGAGCAACCUGCGUGAGCUGUACCUGCAGAACAACCACCUGACUGAUGAGGGCCUGGACAACGAGACCUUCUGGAAGCUCUCCAGCCUGGAGUACCUGGAUCUGUCCAGCAACAACCUGUCGCGGGUCCCGGCAGGGCUGCCGCGCAGCCUGGUGCUGCUGCACCUGGAGAAGAACGCCAUCCGGAGCGUGGACGCAGAUGUGCUGACCCCCAUCCGCAGCCUCGAGUACCUGCUGCUGCACAGCAACCAGCUGCGCGCGCAGGGCAUCCACCCGCGGGCCUUCCAGGGCCUCAAACGGCUGCACACGGUGCACCUGUACAACAACGCGCUGGAGCGCGUGCCCAGCGGCCUGCCCCGCCGCGUGCGCACCCUCAUGAUCCUGCACAACCAGAUCACCGGCAUCGGCCGCGACGACUUUGCCGCCACCUACUUCCUGGAGGAGCUCAACCUCAGCUACAACCGCAUCACCAGCCCGCAGGUGCACCGCGAUGCCUUCCGCAAGCUGCGCCUGCUGCGCUCCCUGGACCUGUCAGGCAACCGGCUGCGCACGCUGCCGCCCGGGCUGCCGCGCAACGUGCACGUGCUGAAGAUCAAGCGCAAUGAGCUGGCCGCCCUGGCGCGCGGGGCGCUGGCCGGCAUGGCCCAGCUGCGGGAGCUCUACCUCACGGGCAACCGGCUGCGCAGCCGGGCCCUGGCCCCCCGUGCCUGGGCCGACCUCGCUGGUCUGCAGCUGCUCGACAUCGCCGGGAAUCAGCUCACGGAUAUCCCCGAGAGGCUCCCCGAGUCGCUCGAGUACCUGUACCUGCAGAACAACAAGAUUAGUACUGUGCCCGCCAAUGCCUUUGACUCCACACCCAACCUCAAAGGGAUCUUUCUCAGGUUUAACAAGCUGGCCGUGGGCUCUGUGGUGGAAAGUGCCUUCCGGAGGCUGAAGCACCUGCAGGUCUUGGACAUAGAAGGCAACCAUGAGUAUGGUGAUGUUUCCAAGGACCGGGGCCGGUUGGAAGAGGAAGAGCAGGAGGAGGACAAGGAAAGGUGGUAGUGACAGGGUAACCACACCUGACAUAGGAUGACGGACCGCUGGAGCCUUUCUGCAGCACGUGCCUGAGCCUUGUGCAUCCCCACUCUGCCUCGCUCACAGACACACCCAGCGCAGCACCUGCCGGGCCCCCGCUCCGCACACAGGCUGGACCCAGUCUCCCACACCCACCCCUUCCUGCAGCUCAUCCGCAGCCAGACACAUGCAGACACCACACCCACACACACCACACAGCUGCACAUCAUCCUCCAAACGUCCCACUCUCUCCCCACACCCAACACCGCCAUCGCUCCGUGAGUCCUGCAGACUCGAUGAAGGGUCUGACCUGCCCUGGCACUCAUGUGCGUGUUCCCUGCCCCGUGGACACACCUACAUACACGAGUCACAUGCAAACAGCCCUCCUUGGCCUAUGCCGCCGAGAGCUCUUGGCCCAGCCAGAAAUGGCCAGAGCAGCUUGCUGUCUGACUGUCUGCCCGUCCGUCUGUCCCUUGCGGAAGACACAGAGUUACCUCCAUCCUCUCUGCGGCCAGGUGCCUGCAUCCUCUGGAAUUCACAAAAGCUGGCUUUUGUUCCUUUCCCUCCAUUUGGGGACAGGAACCUUCAGGACUGCUGCCCUGGCCCGCCCACCCGGCUCCCCACCACUGGGGCCGUCACUCACCGCCAGGCCCUGGCCGGCUGCAGGCGCGUCUUUGAUGGACCAGCCCCCCUGAGGCCAGAGGGAAGGUCUGGGGCCGCUAGGGCCCUUGGGCUGGAACUAGGCGGAGGCCACGGGGCUGGGCACAGCAAGAGCGAAGGGCCCAGCUGCACCGAUGAGAGAACUUUUUUAUUCUUUGGGCCUGAGGGGAGUUCUGGGUGCCUUUGGUUUUUUUUAUUCUUUUUUAAGGAAAAAAAAAUGAUAAAAUCUUCAAAGCAGAUUUUUCUUGUUACAGAAAAACUAAUAUAAAAGCAUUACCCCAGUCUGGCAGCCUGUGGCCGUGUCUAUGUGUGCUUCCUGCCAGGUGCUGGGCUCAUGCCUGGCCGGGUGGGCAGGAUCCAAGCACCUCAGCACCUCUGGACCGGCAGGAGUCAGUGCAGGGUCCAGUUCUUGGGGCCCACCAAGCAAUCACACAGGCAGAGGUCCAGGGACGCGGGGCUUAGUGGCAGGUAAGGCGGCCUGGAGGCAGGUGCAGCGCCUCAGCGGGCUGGAGGUCAGCAGGUUGGGACCACCACACUCGGCCGUGAGCUCACUCUGCACUCCCAGGGUCUGAGCAUCCAAGCAAAGGGCUUGCCGGCUUCAGAUUGCGCAGGGCUCCUGUGCACUGAGUGGGCAUUCCUGAUGGCUCUGUCCCAUAGAGGAUGCUGGAGUGGGAAAGGGGCUGGAGGCAGGCCUGGGAGCUGGGGCUCUGGUCUCUGCAGACCUGCCCAGGGAAGAGGCUGCAGACAUGCCCAGUGCACCACCACCGCCAGCAGGGCCAGAGCUGGAUCAGAAGGCAGUACCCGGCUUAGAGCAAAGAAGAACCCCUGACGGGCAGAGCUGCCCCACAGUGGAUGAGAUGCCCAGCAAGUAGUGGCCCCUCACUACUGCAGGUGUGUAAGUAUGCUCCUGUCAAGCCCAGUAAAGAGCAGGUUCCUGCCUUGUGUGGAGCGGAUACCAUUGCUCGAAGGGCCUUAGAGAUGUGACACAGGGAAGGGGCCGAUAAGCCAGGCCACACCAUGUGGGGAGUUAGGAUAGCUUGACAUCUGACCUCUCCUAGGUGACUGGGCCUUACGGAAGGAAAGAUGCUCCCAUGGUGGAUACUACAGCCCUCUGCCCUGCAGUGGGAGGGGGAGCCGGGGGCCCUUCCUGGGCUCCUCAGACUAUGGCCCUGGGAGGAGGAUGGAAGUAGUUCAGGAGUGGGGGCUGGGAGGCAGGUACCCUCCUGAUUCUCCGAGUGACCCUGGAAGGCCCCUCCCCUCCCCCAGCUUCAGUGUCUCCAGGGCUCCACAGUGCAAGACCCUGGGGCUUCAUCUUCUCCCCAGAGUACGUCCAGAGCAGGCUGUGUGGCCAGGGCUCUUCUGUGUCCCCUGCGAGCCUCCUGUAGGCACCACGGGGCUGAGGAGAACGACAAAGGGAGAGUCCGGAAACUUCUUGGGCACAUCCCCUCCUUAAAGCAAAGCAUUCACUGAAAGGAGCCAGGCUGGCUGAGGAAAUGUGUUUCUUUUGUGAGGACCGGCCUCAGGGCCCUGCCUGCAGAGCAGAGCCCAGGCUGCGGGCAGAGUGGUCUGUCCACACUGUGGCUGUCCAGACAGGCCCCUGGGCAGCCUGGUUUGCACUCUACCUCCUGCAUGUGACGGCUCAGGCAGGCCUGUCCCCACUCCAGCCACCAGGAUGGGCUCAUUUGCACGCUGGCGGCCCAGGCAGGCCUGUCCACACGCUGACAGCCCAGGCAGAGCUGUCUACACUUCAGCUACACGGACAAGGCUGUUGACAUUCUAGCUUCCUGGACAGCCUUGUCUGUCCUCUGGCUGCCCAGACAGGCCAGUCUGCUCUUUGCCUGUAUUAGCCCAAUAAAGAAAUGCUUGCCAGAGUAUGGUCGCUAGGCCCACAAGAUUGAAAAAGAAAAUACCUUUAUUUAGUCAUCACUGAAUUUGCAAACACAGAAGGGAAUAGAAAAUCUAACUCCCCUUCAUCACACGGGCUUUGGGGGAGCGCUGACCCCAGGGCCACAUGGGUAGCUUGACUAAAGCAUCCCAGGUGAGUCUUCCUCCCCAGUCCCGGCCAGCCCACCUGUUCAGUGGGAGGCUAGCCCUGGUGUUUCUAAGGGCCCUGUGGCUCUGAUGAAGACAUCCUCGUCUCCACAUUGGGUGAGCUUUGUGAGAGAUAACUGGUAGGACAGGAGACAGGAUGGGCCCCCAUACACACAGGUCAUGUGGCACAUGGAAGGCAGCGGUCUUGGCCUUAGGCUGGGCCCAUCCUUGGGGAGAGCAGUUUGUUUGAGGCCACGUGUUACGGGGCAGGGUGGGGGCUGGCCUGGGCUGGGACACAGCUGGGGCAGAACCAGGACAUUGCUAUGUCUUCAUA